AUGGAUUCUUUUACAGACUGUUUCAUAAAAUUCCUCAAGAGUCUUCAGUUAGUUUGUUCGGUACGACAGAAUAAUUUGCAACUUUGUGAAUUGAGUUUUAUCAAGUCAAUCGCGAAGAAAAUAUUACAAAGUGAUGUUAGAGAUGAGGACUUCUCUUCUUGGGACUCAUUUAUAAGGUUCCUUCAGCUCUCUGGGAUCACAGGUAUUGACCAAUUGGUAGAAGAAUUCGACUACACAUUUCUUGAAAGCCAAAAGAUCCCACUAUCAGAAAGUUCGGCUUUGCAAUUAGAACUUUUGUGCUGCAUUUUAUUGAAAUGGAUUCAUAAGCAGAAUCCCGACUAUAUAAGUUCUGUUGCGAAAGAUGAAGGCUACUUACUAUUAGAAACCCUACAGCAUAGUCCAUAUGGUGAAAUUGCUAUUGUCAGGUGGCAGAAAAACGUUCUUUCUAGGAAACGUGAUGAUUUGUUGAAGACUGUCAGAGAGGGCGAGGCAACUAUCCAGGUGCAUAUUAAGUUGCAAGUGGCAUUAGAGCAGCGACUUAAGAAAAUUGCUGACGAUAAUUCAGAACUACAAAGAGAGAAGAUGGAUUUAGAAAUAUUAUGCGAUAAUAAAUUAAAGGAACUAGGGAAGCUAAAUAAGAAGCUUCAAAAACUUACAAGAGAUUACGAGCAAUUAAAGCGUGAAAAUGAGGAACUACUGACGGAGAAUAUGAAUACCAAGUUAAACCAGGUAUCGCCGUUUGAACGUUCGUUAAGGAGUAGCACCCCAGAUACACUUUCACAUACAGAUAUAAAAGGUCAGUUUGAGGUCGAUAUGGAAACUACCAAACUAGAAGAAGAGAUUAUAUAUUUAAAGCAAGAAUGUAACCUUUUAAACGUUUGGAUUCGUAACCUCCUUUUUCAAAAUGCAUAA